UCUUAGGCUUCCCAUCGGAAUCGGUCCGUUGGGCUCUGGGCAUGAGUCUAUUGACGGUUUCUGUUUUAUGGGUGCUUACUAAAUAGAUUUAAAACAAUUUUUUUUAUAAAAUUGUUUUAUAUUAGUUUUUUAACACCAAAUCCACGAACUCUACGAAAGACAGCAUAGUUAACGAUUUUUUUGAGGUUGCUGUUGGUGCAUUGCUGUUUAUGCCAUCGUUGUUGUCGCUUGUGAGGCGAGCUGCUUCUACUAUGGCGAGCAACUACACCCCUGGAACUCACUCAAUAGCGUACGUCACUGCUCCUAGUGAAGACGUGGCCAAGAAACUUGCACAUGGCAUCGUGGAAGGAAAACUGGCAGCAUGUGUAAACAUUGUGCCAAAAAUCACCUCCGUGUACGAAUGGAAAGGAAAAAUUAACGAAGAUUCGGAAGUAUUGAUGAUAAUAAAAACAAGAACUACAAGUGUUCCAGAACUUUCUGAUUAUGUCAGGGCCAAUCAUCCUUAUGAAGUCUGCGAGUUUAUUUCACUACCGAUUGCUGGUGGCAGUCAACCAUACCUGGAUUGGAUAAGCGAGCUAGUUCCAGAGAAGAAAUAAAUUUGAACCUGCGCUACAUACACUUGUGAUUGUUUGCAUCAGCUGGAGUUUCGUUUCUAGCUCUUUGCAAGUAAUUACUGGUUCAAAAUUGAUUUUUUUGUAUGUAUCUAUUUGUCUUAGUAAAUUUUUUUUAAAACA